AUGGAUCGGCAACAACCCCAGACGGGCAUGUAUUACAUCUGCGGCAGCGCAAAUUGCCGUGCCCGCAACGAGCUCAAGCAACGGGAUGCCAUCAAGUGCACCGCAUGUGGUUACAGAAUCAUGUACAAGGAGCGAACGCGACGAAUGGUUCAGUUCCAAGCUCGUUAA